GGCAUGGCGAUGGCGUCGAUCCAAGACCACAACGACUCCGUGUUGUCGAGCUUGGAGCCCGGUGAUCAGGUGGAGUUUGAGAGGGCAUUGUACUGUCAUUGGGGCGUGUAUAUUGGUGAUGGAAACGUGAUCCACCUGGCAAGCGUUGAUGGUCAGAGCUUUAACAAGGCUGAGAAAGCCGUUGUCCGAAAAGACAAAAUCAUGGAUGUUGCUGGGAAUAGCAGGUUGAACAAGAACAACUCAAAGGAGGAGAAAUACGGGCUAAAAGCCUACAGCAAAUCCGAGAUCGUGAAGAGAGCCACGAGCCAGCUUGGCAGAACAGGGUAUAAUGUGUUUGCCAGCAACUGUGAGCAUUUCGCCUCGUGGUGCUGCUACGACAUUGAAAUAAGUGACCAGGUGCGAGACAGUAUACAACUGACAACGAUGGCGGCUGAAAUAUUCUUCAACUUAGAAAUGUCGCCCCGUGAAGUCCAGCGCCAAAACAGGACAGUACUUAAGAGCUUGACAGAAGGCGAUCUGGUGCAAUUCGAUCGAGGAGUGUACUCGCACUGGGCAGUAUACGUUGGUGGCAAUGAAGUCGUGCACUUGUCUGGAGUCGAUGGUGCAAUGGGAAGUCAUAUGGGUCACUCAUGCACAAUAAGUGGAGUAGAGUAUGGCAAAGGAAUUGUUCGCAGAGAUAACUUCUGGGAUGUUGUUAGUGACCGCAUGGUGCACAAGAACAACUCAAAGGACGAGGAACUGGAACACUUCGACCCCCCUGAGAUAGUAAGAAGAGCAUUGUCCCAAAUUGGAGAGGUUGGGUACAACUUGAUCUUUAAGAACUGUGAACACUUUGCCUCAUGGUGCCGGUACAACAUAGAACAAAGUGAUCAGGUUGAAUAUCUGGUUACUGGCUCAAUUCUUGCGCUGAUGGCAGUGGCGAUAUUGGCUGCCUUGCAUAUAGGUGGUCAAUAGGACAAAAAGAAACAAUAAGAGUACUGAUAUGUAUAAUUUCCACCUUGACGUUGG